UCGGAGCUCCACUGGAAGGCCCUGAGAAGUCCGCCAGGCGCGCAGGGCCAGUGCUGGAGGUUUUGGUUUUGGUUUUGUUCCUUGGUUUCUUGUCCAAAACCAACACGGAUGAGGAUUGAAAAGCAAUGCUGAGAAAUAAAGCUGUCCUCUUCUGAUUUGGAUAUUGAUGAUGGGUAUUGGAAAGUCUAAAAUAGAUGCCUGCCCUCUUUCUCUCUCUCGGGGCAAAAGCCACAGUGUGGAUACAAUUCAAAGACAUCAUGAGUCAGAGUCCAGGAAACCUGAAGCUAUCUCCUUGAGUGAUGUUGCUGAUUGUAGCAAAACAGCAGAGGAGCCAACAGGAGUGCCAGAGGGAGCUCAGGGAGUGGAAAUGAUGCCUGAAGAGGAAGCAGAAGAGAUACCUGAAGAGGAAGCAGAAGAGGAGGUGUUCCUCAAAUUUGUUAUAUUGCAUGCAGAAGAUGAUACAGAUGAAGCCCUCAGGGUCCAGAAUCUGCUACAAAAUGACUUUGGUAUCAAACCUGGAAUAAUCUUUGCAGAGAUGCCAUGUGGCAGACAGCAUUUACAAAAUUUAGAUGAUGCUGUAAAUGGGUCUGCGUGGACAAUCUUAUUAUUGACUGAAAACUUUUUAAGAGAUACCUGGUGUAAUUUCCAGUUCUAUACGUCCUUAAUAAACUCAGUUAACAGGCAGCACAAAUACAACUCUGUGAUCCCCAUGCGGCCCCUGAACAACCCCCUUCCCCGGGAAAGGACCCCCUUUGCUCUACAAUCCAUCAAUGCCUUAGAGGAAGAAAGUCGUGGCUUUCCUACACAAGUAGAAAGAAUUUUUCAGGAGUCUGUGUAUAAGACACAACAAAUGAUAUGGAAAAAGACAAGAAAUGUGGAAUAAAGACAAUUUAUUGUCUGACAUGAAACACAUGACACAUGACUAGCUCCUGUUUUUAUAAACCAAAUGAUUACUCUUCUUUGGAGAAAACAAUUUUUAGGAAAGUUUUGUACAAACAUGAGAUGGGUGUGAAUGUCAGAUGAGGUGUAUGUGGAGGAGUGGGGCCUAACGAAGGACAUUUGGAGAAGGGAUACGG